AUGAGAAACUGUACAAGAAAAGGUCGUUACAUAAGCCCAGACUUGUACUUGCGAAUCGUUAAUUCUUCUGAUGUGGCCAGAGUGGACACCUCUUAUGGACACGUAAUCCAUAUUCCUUCAGAAGCCUUAGUGAAAAGCAGUGGGGUGCAGUCGGAAAGUAUUGGUAAUGAGGUGCCCCUGACCAUAUCUGUGCUAGAUAACAGCUUUUUCCAGGCACGUUCUGUUCAUGGAAUUGUUCAAGACAAGGUUCUGGGUGUGUGGCUGGGUGUACAAGAUGUCCACAAUCUUUCCGAUUCAGUUCAAAUCCUGUUUGUAAAGACUAAUAAGACUGGGCGAGCGAGAUGUGUCUUCUGGAAGCUCCCUAAUGAUAAUGCCAAAGAUUCCCAAGGUAAGUGGAGCAGUGAGGGAUGUAGCACUUCCAAGAACGACACACAUUUCGUCUGCAGUUGCAAUCACCUUAGUUUCUUUGCAGUGCUUAUUAGUCCUGGAAGUGUACAAGACUAUGCUGAUGUUCAGCGCCUGGAAUAUAUCACAUACAUCGGGUCUUCCUUGUCUGUGCUGUUCACUGCCAUCACAAUUCUGAUGUUUUUAUGCCAGAGAAAAAAGAAGACUGAUCACUCUGUUGUCAUUCAUGUACAGCUGUCUGGUUCGCUGUUCCUUCUGCAUCUGUUCUUCCUGGCUAGUGCCUUUUGGUCUGAAGCAGAAAAAGUAUUGUGCCAGGUUCUUGGGCUCAUACUACACUGGGCCCUGUUAACCACUUUCACAUGGACUGCCAUUGAAGGAUUCCACUUGUACCUACUACUAGUACGAGUCUUUAACAUCUACAUCAGAAGAUACCUUCUUAAACUGAGUCUGGUGGGCUGGGGUGCACCUAUAAUUACAGUGAUGAUCUGUGGAAUGGUUGGUGAAUAUGGCAAAUAUACCCUCACAGACAGUGCCAACAAAACAACAAAUCUCUGCUGGAUUAACACGACAACUGUGAAAUACGUGUCAGUGAAUGGUUUUUUGGCGCUGGUUCUACUCUUUAAUGCAGCGAUACUGAUUGUAAUGAUGGUGAAGAUGUGGCAGCUGAGAUUGCGGGGUGUCCAGAGAGGCUUCAAAAUGAGAAGAAUGUGGAAAGACUGGGUUACUGUGCUGGGGCUCAGCAGUGUUUUGGGGCUUUCAUGGAGUCUGGCAUUUUGCACACAUGGACCACUGAGUCUACCAGCAAUUUACCUUUUCACUAUCCUGAACAGCUUGCAAGGUGUCUUUAUGUUCCUGUGGUUCCUAUCAAUCACCUGUAAGUCAAUUCAUGAAGAACAGAAAUCAUCUAAAAACAUAUCCAUGAGUAAUCUCAGCUCAUGAUCCAGGCACACAGCACUGUACCACCAUGGAUUAAACUGAAUUGCAUAAACUGGGGACUUUUUACAGAACAAUCUAUACAAUAAAAAAAUUGUAUCAAUAAAAAUUAUAUCAUUGUAAAAAAUAAUCAGAUUAUUUUAGAUGGCUAACAAACAAAUAGCUGCUUUUAUUUUUAAAACAUUGGGCAUUAAAAAAAUCAUGGAUUAUGGAUUAUUGUUAAAGACAAAUUUCAGAUAGGUGACAAAACAUGACACUUUGAGUUUUCUUUGUAAGUGACCACUUUUCUAUGUGCUUUCUAAAUGCUCUAAACAUAUGGCCACAAAAUAGGUUGGUGGUUAUAGUCGAUCAUAUUCACUCCCAUUAACUGACACAAAGUAAAACAACACCACUAGUAAAGUAACUUCAACACCACCAAAUGUCUUUAUGUAUAUUUUAGUCACCAUAUUGUAAACCCAAUAAACUACUUACAUUUAAAGAACUCUAACUUAAAAAAAAACCCAAAAAUUUAGGUAAGUGUUACUAUCAUUUAGUCACAGAAAAGUAAAUUGAGGAAGUAGAUAAAAUCGCAGUACUGACACUGAUUAUUAGCAGUUGGCGUACCACCAUAAAGGGUGACAGUAAAACACAAGGGCACUUUCAAAUGGCAUAUUUAUGAAUGUAAAUAGAUUCUUUUUUUUUUAUAAAAGUAAAGAUGUAGCGAUCUGCUCAUACCAA